AUGACACCUACUAUAGAGGAGUAUCGUGCCUUGAUUCGCUGUCCGAGGUUCCAAGUAGACAAAGUAUACACCAAACCCCCAAAUACUCCUUCAUUUAAGAAAAAACUUAUUCUGAUGACUGGCAUGAGUGAAGAAUGGGUUAUGAGAGGCAUAAAAAAGAAAGGAGACCGCGAAUACGUUACUUGGACCCUUAUGAGAGAUUUGAUUAACUGUCAUCCUGGUCAAAGAAAAAAGAUUGACUUCUUUGCUCUUGGUAUUUAUGGAUUGGUUAUUUUCCCGAGAGUUCUCGGGCAUAUUGAUGUAUCAGUGGUAGACCUGUUCGAAAGAUUGGAUAGACAUGUGGAUCCUGUUCCAGCUAUUCUGGCAGAAACAUUUCGUUCCCUGAGCUCUUGCCGAAGAGAAGGGGAAGGACGAUUCAUAGGUUGUGCACCAUUGUUGUUAACCUGGAUCCUUAGUCAUUUCAAACACGUCGAGAGAGCACCUGGUCGGUGGCCUGGGAGUUUUACUGAGGAAAAGUGGAUGAUCAUUUUCAAAAGUAUCCGAGACAGUGACAUAUUAUGGCGUACCUCAUGGAAUGUCUCAUCUGACAUAUUGUAUCGAUGUGGAGAUAGAGAUUGGGUUCCAUUACCUGGUAUUUGGGGAUCUGUAGGGUAUGCCCCAUUACUGGUGUCCAGACAAUUUGGGUCGAGACAGUUUAUUCCGGCAACAAGGGAGUUAUCUAAGUCUGAGUUCGCAUUCAGGGGAGAACUGUAUAAGAAUAAAGUUAAAGGGGUCACUGAUGCUUGGAGAUACACCCAUCGGGUAAAUCUCUUUACUUUUGAGUCAAGGCUAUCUCGAGGAUAUGAGGAGUGGAGAAGCAACCGAGUUAAUGAUAAUAUUCCAUUAAGCAAUCAAGAGAAUAUCCAAUCUAUGGAAGAACACCUCAGGGUGAUCCCGUCUCCGCUCGAGCAAGCCAGGCUUGAUUUUGAGGCAGAAAGGAAAAAAUGGAGAGUAACUUUGCAAAAGCUAGAAGAUGAAGUGUAUCAGAAAGGGCUGGAGACUGACAUCCAAAAGAGUCGGGCUGAUCAGAUUGAAAAAGUGGAGAAGCAACUUAGAUUAGAUUUCAAUGACCUCCAUUUAUCACACUAG